UGAUAACACAUCUACAAACAGAUCAUAAUAAAAUGAAUUCUUUGGUAUUGGUUUGUAUGGCUCUGAUUGCCACCACAUACGCAUCCGUCAUUUCUUUGGGUGUUAUUAAUCCGAAUCACGGUGGAUCCGUUGGACCAAGUGGAAUUGUAACCGGAAUUGGGGCGAGAGGACCAUCAGGAUCUGUAACUGGAUUAGCUGCAGUUGGACCUGCUGGUAUCGUAACUGGAGCUGGUGCCGUGGGACCAACAGGACCAAAUGGUCAUGGAGUUAUUGGAAUCGGUCCAUUGGGUGUUGGACCAGCUGUUCUUGGAGGUAUUGGCGCUGGAGUUGGUAUCGGCGCUGGUGUCGGUAUCGUUGGACCAGUUGGAUUAGGAUUGGGACCAAUUGGUGUGGUUGGACCAGCAGCACCAGGCGUUGUUAUCAAAGGUCCGGUCGUGGGACCAACUGAAAUCAUUGGACCAUCUGCUGGAGUCGUUGUUCAGCAACCUGCUAUUGCCAGUGGUCUCUUGGGGCUUGGCGGUCUUGGCCAUAUUGUGUCCGUUGGUGAACAUGGAUGGUAAUUAUAGAAU